AUUUUAUUUUAUUUUAUUUUAUAUAUAUAUUUAUAUCGAUUGGUUUGGAUCUGAUGGUGAUGGAGUUCGGGCGCAAGAGGGGGAACCCAAACAGUGGCUUCAUAGGCAAUGAAGGCAACAAGAAAUCAAAGCAAGAAAUGGAGUCUUUUGCAAGUACUGGUAUAGGGCGCAAAUCAAAGCCAUGCAUGAAGUUUUUCAGCACUUCUGGAUGCUCAUUUGGUGAUGGAUGUCACUUCUUGCAUUAUGUUCCUGGUGGCUUCAGUGCAGUUGCUCAGAUGACAAACCUAGGUGGGAAUCCUAUUCCUCCGGUGAGAAAUGGCAUGGCCCCACCACCACCCUUUUCCGAUGGUCCUGCUCCUACUGCAAAGACUAAGCUUUGCAACAAAUUCAACACAGCUGAAGGAUGCAAGUUUGGUGACAAAUGCCGUUUUGCUCAUGGUGAGUGGGAGCUUGGCAAGCCCAAUAUCCCAACCUAUGAAGAUCCACGAAGCAUGGGAUCGAUGGGUACUAGGUUAACUGGACGGGUUGAACCACACCAACCUAACCUAGCUGCUGCGGCCAACUUUGGUGCAUCAGCUACAGCCAAGAUCAGUAUAGAUGCAUCCCUGGGUGGUGCAAUCAUUGGGAAGGGUGGGGUGAACUCAAAGCAGAUUUGUCGUCUGACUGGUGUUAAGCUUUCAAUAAAGGAGCAUGACUCAGAUCCCAAUCAAAAGAAUAUCGAGCUUGAAGGAACCUUUGAUCAGAUCAAACAGGCCAGUGCCAUGGUACGUGAUCUUAUCAUGAAUGUCGGUGCAGUCAAUCGUCCUACCAAGCCAACUCAUGCUGCUGCUCCGGCAAGCAAUAAUUACAAGACAAAGAUGUGUGAAAGUUUUGCAAAAGGCUCCUGCACUUUUGGUGAAAGAUGCCAUUUUGCUCAUGGAGCUGGCGAGCUGCGCAAGCCGGUUGCUUAACUAUUUUAUUUGUGCUAAAUCUUUCAAUAGUUAUGGGAAUAUUAUCAUUUUGUUGUGGGAUUCAUCUUCUUUCAGAAGGAAACUAAUGAUUAAUGUUGUAGUGUUCCUUGGGUAUUUGAUAUUGAGCUCGUUUUCUGACAGCAAUUGCAGCUCCUUUUUUUGUUUUUGUUUCUUGUGUGUAUGCUGCAUGUGCUGUAUUUCUUAUAAUGCUUUUGUCAAAAGUUAUAAGCUUUGACUUGUCAAGUGUGCUGAAA